AUGGCGUUUGAUACGGCAGGAGCAUCAAGUCUCGAGCAGUUUACGCUGCUGGCCAAGAACGCACGCGGACGCGCCUGUGUGGCACUGAUCCAGCAGGUGCUGAGCAACAAGAAGCUUUUCGUGUUCCGUGAACUGCUGGACAUGCCCAACGUGGAGGCGCUGCGCGAUUCCGAGUACAAGGAGCACUACGAGCUGCUGCGCAUCUUUUGCUUUGGGACGUAUACUGACUAUGUGGCUCGCAAGCACGAGCUGCCGGAACUUACGUCGCUGCAGGUGAAGAAACUGAGGAAACUCACGGCUGUGCUGCUAGCUCAUCGGUUCAAGAACAUUCCGUACGACACGCUGAUGGAAGAGCUGGACGUGUCGACGGUGCGCGAAGUGGAAGACAUCCUCAUUGACACCAUUUACUCGGGGUUGAUUCAAGGCAAGCUGGACCAGAAGUUACGCUGCUUUGUUGUCAAGUAUGCUGUCGGACGCGAUACGCAUGACGAAGGUGUGGACGAGAUGAUCGAGAAGCUCACUAGCUGGAAAAAGCGGUCGGCGGAGAUGUACGGGAAGAUCGAUACAAUUCUCAGUUUGGCGGAUAAACAAGAACAAGAAGAACGGACGAAUGAAGAUGGCAUUCGCGCCAAGAUGGAAGCUCGCGCAGGUGAGCGUGGCAAGGGCUUUGCAUCUGGCAGCACGAACUUUCGUCAAGGCGACGAUUUUAGUCAUUACGCAGACUCUGCAAGUCGACGAGGCGCACCAUCCAAGUCGCAUCUACACACGAUGGGUCGCAAAGGCCGAAUGUAA